AUGCCGGAGGUUACAACAGUCACAGGAAUUUCAGAAGACGACGCAAGUAACUACAACCUCGACUCCAGCUUUGGUUUCCUGACCACAGAGGAGCUGAUAACCGACGACGUUGCCCUGUUAACGAUGCGAGUGUUGAUGUACUUUGUCACCCCCGCCAUCUCGUCGUUUGGUGUUGUGGGCAACGUGCUGAGCAUCAUCGUCCUGGCCAAACACGGCAUGAACAAAAGCUCCAACAUCCUCCUGGUCAACCUCGCCUUCUACAACAUCGUCUUUCUCAUCGCCUUCAACAGCGUGCCUAAAAUUAUCUACGAGACUGUCUCCAACCAUAAAUAUGAGGGCUAUUCUAUUCAAAACACUUAUAUUUUGUUUGUGUUCUUUUCAAUUUUUACAUUCUUCGACUAUUCGUUCGGUCUGAUGGCAUCAAGCAUGCCAAUGUUGAUAACAAUCGAACGAUUGAUCGUUAUAUUUUUUCCUUUAUCAUUUCAUCGCGUCAUUACACCCGGCAGAACGUGGUUCGUCGUCGUUUUAGUUGUCGUCUACUGGGUAUCGAUUUUCAUCUACACAAGCUUCUGGCUAGAGAUCAAUCAGUCGAUCGAUCCACUAAAGAACUUAACGAUAGCACUUUUGCAGAACUCUCCAUUAUUCUAUGACAACCCAGAAACAGCCGAGGCUAUAGAAGGUCUAUUCGUCUACACAAGCAUCCUCAUCCCCCCAAUCUUCACAGCACUGGGGUGUGUCGUCAUAUCCAUGAAAAUAAAAUCCGCUUCAGUUAAAAGACAAGCGCUGACGUCCAAAUCCAAAUCCAACAGCCGCACGACGAAAAUCCUGCUGGCCGUGUGCGUGCUGUACGUCAUCACCUCCGCCAUCUCCUGUAUCCCCAUGUUCAUGCCGGAUGACGCAUCCUACUCCAUGACAGACGACACGCCCACCAACUUCUCCAAGUUGCUGUACCAGCUCCUGAAUAUUGUUGGUUGUAUCAACAGCUCUGGGGAUUUUGUUGUUUACAUCGUCAUGAACAAAAGUUUUAGGGACACUUUACAUAAUCUGUGUAGCUGUGAGAGGCGCCGAUUAGUAAAAUAA